CGCGAGGGUUGAUUGGCUGCAGUAUUUGGAGCAAAGCUGCUGGACUUCUAAAGGUGACUGUGUGCUGAAAGAAACAGGUGGAGAUGUCCAAGAGGUAGCUGGAGAAAUUUACUGGUGUGCUGUUAUAUAGCUAAGCGGGAUAUUAAAAACGUGGUGUUGCUGUUAGCAGCAGGAGAUUAGGGGAUGGUGCUGAGGCUUCAAUCCGUUCUGGUCCUCUCCCUGUCGGGAGUGUUGGCUUUCCUAGGCCUGUGGUGGUACACCUCUCGGAAGAAAGAACAACCCACUGACAAGGAUAAGACGACCACAGACCAGGCGCACCUGUCCUCCUCCACCAGAGACAGAGGUAUUGGUGUUGUGGAGAACGGCCACUCCACUGGGACAGAUCGGGACAGGCACGCAGUGAGGAAGAGGUCGUUAGUGGAACAGGAGUGUGUUGAUUGUACAAACACACAAGCGGUAGCAGAGCUGGUUAACAUCCCACUCUGCCAAUCACAACCGGAGGAAAGGUUUGUGGCUGCAGAAUGUCUGAGUAGAGGCCUCGAUACUACUAAUGUGAAGCCUGUUACGGGGAGAACUGAGUCUUCAGCUCAAGUACUCCCAGAGACUGCACCUAAGAGCCAAGCCCAGGGGGGACCUGAGAAGGAUAUAGCAUUACAAAAUAAACACCAGCCAUCCUCUGAUGAGGAACAAGUUUCUUCUAUCUUUGACCUAGGCUAUAAUCCUAACCCUGGUGAGAGUGCAGGCCUAAAGCCACAUGCACCGCCACUCUCUGAGACGCUGGAGGACACUACAAACAAAACUUUCAACAAAGAGGCUGCAGAGGAGGUUCGACUAGACCCAGGGGAGGUUAGACUGGACCCAGAGGGAGAGGUUGGAGAAGACAAGAUUACAUUUUGUUUUGCAGAGAUGAAGCCUCAAACCGAUCUGGCUGAGAACUGCCUCCUCUCCAAAGACAACCUAUCUAUCCUGCCUGCUGUGGAAGAACCAACCUGUGAGUCAAGUCUACAGGAUGACACCUGUCUGGCUUCCCCCAUCAACCUCCUUACCAGUCAGGUGUCCCCCUCAAGGCAGCCAUUGGGCAUUCUGAUAUCACCUCAGAAGAAAGACCAGUCUGAGGAGUGUGAACUUAGCAGGAGUAACACAGAGGAAAUUAACCAGCUGGCGUCAAGUCUGAUUACUGACGUGGUCUCAGUAGCAGUGAGUCAAGUCCUGAAAGAACGGACCCUACUAGAACAUAAUGUUGGGCCUCUCUGUAACAGGGACCCCUUCACAUCCCAAGAUAUCAUCUCAAUGGUUAACAGUGAGACUGGGAGAGAGAUGCCUGGUCUAUUGCAGGAGGAUCAGUGUUCCACAACUGGCAGGGAGAACAUAUGUUCAUCUCCUAUAGUCUAUGAGGAUGUGAAACAUGACUGCAGCAGUAGGACUGAGCAGGCAGAGCUAGCAGAAGAAGAUUCUGCAGUAGGUGAUUCUGGCUCCAGCUCAGGUCAUUCCGAGGAGAGCUCCAGUGGCGAGGACUCGAGCUCCAGUGGCGAGGACUCGAGCCUCAGUGUGAGCCUACAACCACCCAGGGGACCUGCUGAAGGACUUGGGGCCACCAGCAUGGCCCUCCCUAACGGUCACAGGACAGAGGUGGCUGUUCCAGGCUCUGGUGUGACCAGCAUGGACUCUGUAGACCGGUACGUUGAACACGAAGCCAGGGACAACCAGCAUAUCAACAGUCCAAGUCCGCUAAGUCAACUGCUGAACAGCGAUCAGCAAAUUGAAAAAUACAUCCAGAGUUACAACAGCAGCCAACCACCGACUGUUUGGGACGUAGAGGUGCCAAAGCAUCUUGUUGGGAGAUUGAUUGGGAAGCAGGGGCGAUAUGUGAGCUACCUGAAGGAGACAUCCGGAGCAAACAUCUUCAUUGCCACCCUGCCUUACACCCAGGAGGUCCAGAUCUGCCAUAUAGAGGGGUCAAAGGAGCAGGUGGAUUGUGCUCUGGAGCUGAUCAGAAAGAAGUUCAAAGAUCUGGAUGUGACCAGCUGUUAUGUCCAUCCUCCAGUGGCCAGACUGCCCUCUCUCCCCAUCACAUCCUGGCUGCUGCUUCCCCAUAGGGUGACAGUUGAGGUAACCGUGAUCCAAGUAGCCUCUGGGAACUAUGUGUUCCUCCAGCAGCACACACACCCAACCUUCUAUGCUCUCCGCAGCCUGGACCAACAGAUGAGCUUGUGUUAUUCUCACCCAGGGUGCCCUCCCCUGCCGGCCCCAGUGGAAGUGGGAGUGAUCUGUGCUGCCCAGAUGCCUGAGGGAGCCUGGUGGAGAGCGCAGGUGAUGGGUUACUAUGAAGAAACCAAGGAGGUGGAGCUUUGCUAUGUGGACUAUGGAGGCUAUGUCCUGGUGAAGAUCGACACCCUCCGCCAGAUCAGAUCAGACUUUGUUGCCUUGCCUUUCCAAGGAUCUGAGGCGAUCCUGGAACAUAUUGCACCCCUUCCAGGAGAAGAAGGGUUCUCUGUUGCAGCCAAAUCUGCACUGGAGGAAAUGACACUAGGAUUGCCACUACUUGCACAGGUCACAAGCUGUCACACCAGUGGCAUUCCCUUGGUACAGAUAUGGAAAACUGAAGGAGAAGAGUUGGUGUCUGUGAACCGUGCUCUGGUGGAUAACGGACUGUGUAGCUGGGUAGACUGCCUCUGACUGUGAAGACAAAUCCUGGCCCUGUUUGGAUAGUUUUCAAAUGUAUCCUCCCCUUUUAAGCACAGCUCCAUAAGGGAUUGGAUAUGUGUGAGUAAGGUUACCAGCCCUAUUACCCUCACCAAUCUACCAAAUGUAUAUCUGUGAUUACUUCAAGGAAAGUAGGAAGAAAAAUUGGAUCUCUGAAGUAUUUAAACAUGGCCCCUGUCUUGCCUUUCAUCGUUCCAUCCCCUCAGUCCCAUCCUCUGGACUGUUGCCCUGUUGGGGCACAACAAUGUCUUCCUUCUCAACUCGACUGUUCAUGCUUGUUGUUUCUUUAUCACCAUGUACACUUUCUGAUGGAUUUAUUUGGUGAAGUUUUAUUUACAGCCCCCCACCCUUAUAUAAAUGUUUGUUAAUUAUGCUUACAUGAUUUUUGACCAAUAUUAUUCACGAUUCAUCUAAUUACUGUUUUGUUUUCAAUGGAUACAAUCCUAUUAAGAAACGAAAUAAAGAUGAACUGUCCUUUCUGAGGUGUCCACUUUGACCAUAGCCAGACUUAUGUUGUGAGAUGUACAGUAUAAUGAAGCUACAGUCUGUAAUUGACUUCAAUCACAUCUCAUUAAAUGAAUGCAUGUUGUGUA